UCGUUCUGGGAAGCGUCUGUUACCAGCGUCUUUAUUCUAUGACCAGCGUCCGCGGCCAGCGUCGCGGGUCAUAUGUGUGCGUUGGGUUAGCGUAGCGUCUCUCGUCCAUUAACUGGUGUAAAUGCAAAGCCAUUAUUGACUGAGAUACUGAUAUCCCUUCCUCACUAUCAGCGCGAUAUCAAGACAACGGAACUGAUACCAUGCCUCGCAAGAGGAAAAUGCCAAAGCAAACUGCCCCUCCGAACGAACGCGCCUUUGACUUCAAAGAAGAACAGCCGGACAAGCCGAAAGGCCACCUUCGUGACAUAAAGAACGUUGUCAUGGAAAAGAGAGAUCUUUUUGGGUCAAAUAUCUUCAAUAAGGAUGUGCUAUUGGCCAUGCAAAAUGAGAUACAGGAGUCUGCAUGCAACCGUACCAGUGCACCCAUAAGCACAACAAAGGCAAAUGCUGUGUCUGAGCAGUGUCCAGAUGAUGAUAACGACUGUAUAGUUCUAUCCCAAGGCAGCACACCACGAAGCAGUCCAAGGAAGCGUUGCAGGCGAAGAGGAAAGUCUGCUACUGCUGAUGAAACGAUUGUCACACCCUCAGAAGAAACACAAGAAAUGUUGAAGAAACUCGAGAUGCUGGAGAGCAUCGGUUGCGAGGAGUUUCUGUCCGACGACUCAUCCGACAGCGUGGUGUGUUUGGACAAAUGUCCUUCCCUGCCGGUAGACGAAGAAGACGACGACCUGGUCUUCAUGGUACAGUGCCAGUCCAGGAUGUUGAGAUACUCCAUAGCACCUCAUACACCCUUUGCUGAGAUCUUGGAGAAGCUGGCUCAAGAGUACAGUGUGGGAAUAUCUCAAGUGAUGCUCCUUGCAAAGGAGCAACCUGUGCAGCCCGAGGACACACCACAGAGCCUCGCUUUGUCAGCAGUGGAUAUCCUAGAAUGCAUCGUCAGGAAGUAUGGGGGGGAGCCUUCAAGCAAAGCAAAGAAGAUGAUCACAUUGAAGUUCCAGUGCGCCAACAAACGCAGCACAGAAAACAUUCAAACAGCUCUGGAUGAGCCUUUGCAAGUAGGAGCCAGAGUGUUUGCACAGAAACUUGGGCUUCCUUUCUCCAAGCUUGUGUACAAGUUUGAUGGUGAAAAAGUAGAUUUGAGAAGCACGCCAGAGGAUCUGGGCAUCGAAGACGGCGAUUGUGUUGAUGUUUCUGUUCGGUCUUGAAGCCAAAUGUACAAAGCUAAUCAAGUUCACUGAAAUUUUUUAUCAUAGUAUCUACAAUCUUUUGGGUAGGGAAUAAUGGUCGUGGCCUUGAAUGACUUUUUUUU